GUGAAAAGUGCGCGUACGUCCUCCUCGUCCUCCCCCCUCCCAUCUCUUUUAUUUCCCUGUGAAAAACCCCAAAUACUACCUCCUCCUUCUCCUCCUUGAGCCCAUCCCCCUCCACCUCUCCACUCUCUCGUAGCGCACGCGUCUUGGCCACAGCGGACGCAACAACCCGCUAUGCGCCAAACAACCAAACUUUGAUCCGACUCGCGUGUUCGUGUGUGGAUAGCUGAUUUUGAUGCAGGACUGCGCUCCUCUGCACCACUUUUCUCUGCCUGUGAGCCGGGAGACGCACGGAGCGGUGUGCUGAGCUGUAAUCACACGUGACCCAUCAUGGAGGUGCCCCCGCGGCCCCAGCCCCCCACCCUCCUCCUGCCUCUGGACCGGCCCAUGAUGCCCGACCUGCUCCAUGACCACACCCAGUUGGACGAUCUGUUUAGCCCCGAAGACGACGACUUUUUUGUGGGAUCGGACGAGAGCUCAGACCUGCUGGACUGCAACUCCUCCGUGUUGAACAUGAGUAUCUGCUCACAGGACAGUUUUAUCGAGCUGAAGGAGCAGAGCGAUGAAGUCCAGAGGAAAAGUGAAGAGGAGAAAUCCCAGGAGAUCCAAGCUCAGAGACAGAAUCUGGCUCUUCAGGAACUGCUCGAGUCGGAACGAAACUACCUCCGAAUGUUACAACUGAGCUCUGGAUUCAUCCGGGAAAACCUGCUCAAAAUACAGCCUCCCCUUGUAAACGUGGACUGUCUGUUCGAGCAUCUGCCUGAGGUGGUCUCUGUGACCAGUCGACUCCUUGACUCUGUGGACCAGGACCAACUCCAGCCCAGAGACCCUAACUUCCUCCAGAACUUCUGUAACGCCUUCCUCAGCCUCUCCUCAGACAUGGAAAUGGCCUAUAAAGAAUAUCUGUCCAACUACAACCAGGUGACCACGUGGGAGGUCAACUGCAAACAGAAGGAGGCGCUGUGGGACCAGGUCGUCAAAGUCCUCAAGAGCUCUGCUCCGGAGUUGAAGGCGUCCUCUCUGAGUUUCUUCUUGGUGAUGCCGGUGCAGAGGAUCGCGCGUUAUCCUCUGCUCCUCCAGACCAUCCUAAAGCACACAGACCCCUCCCACCCCGCGUACGCCCUUCUGGAGAAGACCGCCCACACCUCUGUCAACAUCAACUGUCGCAUCAAUGAGUACAAGAGGAUCAGGGAGUUCAGAGAAGUCGCUAAUAAAUACAAGAAGACAGAGACCCUGAGUAUUAAAGACAUGAUAAACCGACUGAACACUCACAGCAUCUUUAAGAAGACAGCACGCCUCAGCCAGCAGAUCAAACAUGAGACUGGCAUUGUUCCUAAGUUGGUGGAUGAGGAGUUUGACGCUCUGGAGGGAUUCUUUUACCUUUUGGAGAAAUGUAUCCUGGAACUUUUGGAGAACGUGGAGACCUACCUCAGCCACCUACAGGCCUUUCUCUCGUAUAAGACGGAGGAGUUUGACCUCUACAUGGACGCUCAGAGAGAGGCUGUCUGUUAUAAAGAGAUUACCACAGCGCUCAGACAGUGGAUCCUGCCCACGUUUGAAAAGCGAUUACGUGCCCUCAUUCACAAACCUCUCUGUGCGCUCCGGGACCUCCUAGUCGGACCCAGGAAUCUGAUCCGGAAAAGACUGGACAAACUUUUGGACUACGAGCUUAUUGAAGCCAAGAGCAACCUGAGCUACGAGGAGCAGGCUGCAGCCAAUACGUACAAGACAAUGAACACCCUCCUCCUCACAGAGCUGCCCCGGUUUAACACAGUGUCUCUGCAGCUCAUCUGGAGGCUCCUGGGGACGUUCAGCUGUUUACAUAGAGACCUGGCCUCAGACAUGACACAGCUCUUCCAGACCUUUGCUACACAGCUCCCUCACAGCGGGAUGAGCUCCAGUGCAUUCUGGGAUUGGGCGGAGGCUGCUGUGAUGGAGGGCAUGAGGAAACUGCAGGAUCUGUGUCAGACUGUGGAGGAGGCUCUCAGCGCACCUGUCUCCAUGCCGGUGCACCCAUGUUGGGCCCUCCGCUACCAUCAGCUGUGUCAGAAGCACCCUCAGGAGCGGAUCUUCGAGGCGACGUGUGGAGUGGUGGGCAGCAGAGACCUGGACCUGAGCCUCAUUAAAGGGGAGCUGGUGGCUGUGGUCAGUGAGAGGGACAGUAAAGGAGACCGCAGGCGCUGGCUCGUCGACGCUGGAGGAAAAAGAGGUUACGCUCCUGCCUCUAAACUGAGACAAUACCAGGCACCACCAGCAGAGGGCCCCCCACCUCCAUCUCCACAGCCCAACAGAGCCGACACCAAACUAGAGGGGAGGCACCUGUCCAAGAGCUUAGACCGUCGCCCCUCCCCGCUCUCUCUCUCCCCCCUCUCUCCCUCCGCCUCUCCAUCCAGCCCUGUGAUUCCCGUCAAACCCAGAGCUCCUCCUUUAUCUCCAGCUAUGCCCAUUUUUCAGGUGGUGGCAGCGUACCCGUUCACAGCCAGAGGUCAUCGGGAGGUCUCUCUCGGGGCGGGAGAACCAGUGCGAGUCCUGGAGCCUCAUGAUAAGAAGGGGAACCCCGAGUGGAGCUUAGUCCAGACACAAGGGGGGCAGAGCGGGUACGUGCCCUCCAACUACCUCACCACGGUCCCACAGAUGAGCUACCUACGGCCGUACCCCUGAGAGACUACCGUAGAGACUGGCGCUAGUGUCGCUUUUGCACAAUUUUAUUUUAUACUAUUAGUUAUCAGUGUUGAAGUAUUGGACGAUCAUCUGCUAUUUAUUCAGUGGCCUUUGAGCAAGCACUAACUGAACACAGCAAAAAACAAAAAUGUCUAGGUUUUAUUAAAAUGAUUUGUAAUUUUGAAUCUCUAUUCCAGUCGUUUAUACAAUUUGAUAUAUUUUAGUCACAUAGUAGCCAUUUUACUAUUUUCUAUUUCUAUUUUCUAUAAUACCAUCUGUUAAUAUUAAAGAUACAAUAUUUAUCAUUUCUGGUGGGUCAAUGCCCUCCGUGUCUCCAUGGAGAUGCUAGUGUUUGGACUUGAAUGCUCCACAGUAUGGCAUUACACUCUCUAUCUUGCAUUAUUUCAUUGCAAGUGUUUUUAUUGCUUAAAAAUAACUUUCAGAGCAUGCAUUUUUACAACAUGUAGCUGGGUCGCCGCUCCACAGAUAUGACCUGGAACUUGACCUUUUAGUGUCAGCUACUUGGAGAUGGAGAUAUUGUAGAUAUAGUUUAAUGCCAUGCUGUAGGACAUUCUAGGCAUAUUCCCCACCCCAAAAGUUACAGAAAAGUUCACUUUUACACAUCGCAGAAAUAUAUUUAAACUAUAACAGAUAUUGUAGGUCAAAAAAGAUUUAUAAAACUUAUCACUCACAAUUCAAGUCAUUUUAAGAUAAUCUCUAGACAUUACUUUGUGGCUGUGGGUUUGUGUAUUUUUUUUUACUAAAAGGUGUUACUGAGAAGAUAUCCUAACUGCUUUGGUAUUAAAAAGCACCCAAUUUUUUUUUUUUUUUUGUUGUUGUUUUUUUUUAUUCUAGCACAAAAGCUAACUAUAAGCAACUAUAAGCAGUUUAAUGAAGGGACAGUAGCAUCGUUGCUGUUGCUGUUGUUGUUGUGAUUAUUAAUACAUUGUCCUUUGUUGAAUGCACAACCUGGAAUGUUGAUGUAGAUAUGUAAAAUGUUGUAAAAAUGCAAGUAUUUAUUUAUAAAAUGUGCCCAUAUGUCGUGUUCCAUUUGACUUGACCAAAAUAUAUGAAGGAAGCU